AUGGGAGAGACAAGUGUAAAAAAUCUUCGUAGUCGUACUAUUGUAUAUUCAACACUCAAACGGCAGCAAUAUUCAACGUCGAAUGCACCAGCUAAAAUCCUUUGUCGUCGACAUACUGCAUCUUCUACCUAUCCAUCGACGAAUCAUGUCGAUCAUCUUGUUCCUCAAGCAUUAUUUCCUGAGAAGCAAAUGCAUUCUGGUCGUCCGAAUAUUGUUUUAUCCGAGCAAGGAAAAGACUUAAGUCGAGUUAAAUUUGACAAACUUGUUCAAGAAAAAGUGUAUCCAACUUUGGAAAAACUGCUGAAAAGGUUGACAGAGCAAUACGCAGAUUUUCCGAUUUAUUCAACAAGUACGUUAUGUAAAAAAAAUGAAGAACCUUGGUUUCGUAUACCAACGAACAUCAAAGAUAAAAAUUGCAUUGGAUUCACAAGCUUUUGUUGCGACAAGCGCGAAAUAUUUCAAAUUCUUGAAGAGUUUAGAAAAGAUAAUGUAUACUUAUACUAUCAUGAUGAAACUUGGAUAAAUCUUCGAGAAGUUAAACGAUCUAUUUGGACACUAAAUGGCGAAGGAGAAAUUAAAAAAAAGUGGACGGAAGAACUAGUGGAUGCUAAUUGUUCACCAAAAGAAUAUAUUAGUGAUCAAAUUGGAAAGAAAUAUGAUAUAGAAAUAUUUCGUCUUCCAAAACUACACUGUAGUCCCAAUCCUAUAGAGCUGUCAUGGAAUAAUCUCAAACAAUUCGUUCAUGAUCAAAACAUAACGUUUCGUCAGGAAAAUGUAAAACAACUGAUUGAGCAGCUUAUGCUGGCGAUGGAUGAUAAGCGUGCAACUUCAUACUUUCAUCAUGUUCAUGAAAUUGAAGAAAUGUAUAAAACUGCGGAUGCAAUUAUGGAGGAAUAUAUAGAACCACAGUUGCAGUCUGACAGCGAAGAAACAGAUUCAGAUGACGAGUAG